CAUCGAUCGACUAUGUCACAGUUCUAAACCAUCGUAAGGCCACCCUGGAAGGAAAGCAUGGUCGUUAUCUUUGAGUUGCUAUCGUCUCCGCAAUGCUAGGCUGAAAAGAUGGAUAUAAAAGGCGCAAUGGGAUUCCUUGGAUCAGCCAGGAAUCUCGGUCGUAAACAUGGCGAGGAUGUGGUUCUGGUUGAGUCUUGCGCUUGCAUCUUUGUCUGCCCAAGCGGCUCCAAUUGUCAAGAGGAAUCCUUAUACUUUUGUUCUUGAUAAUCCAUAUGGUGAUGCUAUCUUUCAACUCGGUGAAAUAGCAUAUCUAGCCAAUACAAAAUACCCAAAGGCUGUGAUCGCCGCCGAUUGCCAAACAGUAACCUCGGCAAUUCCAAUUACAGUCAUCAAGACGAAUGCAUCGAGCAUCACAAAAGAUACUUUAACGAGCGUGAUCGACUCGUACCUUUCUGCCGACGAUGUUUUCAACCAUGAUUUUCUCGAUGGUUUAUACAUCUCUUCAGCCGUAAAAACCUCAUUGGAUGCUACGGCUGUAGAGUAUCUUACGUCUCUAAAUACCACAUUCGUAUUUGCGGAUUCCACCGUAUCUGUGGAAGGAAGCUUCACCACUAUUGCUCUCGAAUCGCCUGCUGAGGUUCCCAUCGGUCCAUACCUUGCGCAUGUGGAAUCUGGAACAGUAAGUUUCAGCACUGUGUAUCGGCUGUAUCCAGAUACCUAUAGAACUUUCCUUUUCGGAGCCUACGAUGCGAAUGAUGGUGAAGACAACCACAAUCCACUCGGAACAUUUCUUCCCAAAUUUUGGGACCCCAUGAUCCCGGUUCCGUCUCGCGUCUACUCCUGGGGAGACGAGAGACCGCUUGCAGGGGAGCGUGUCGCGAUCAAGGAUCUCUACGAUGUCAAAGGCCUGCAAACAUCUGGUGGUAGCCAAGCAUGGGCCUACAUCACACCAGUCUCCAACGGCACUGCCCCUUCGGUGCAGAAGAUUUUGGACCUUGGGGGGAUCGUAGUGGGCAAGCAGAAGUUGGCCCAAUUCGCUUCGGGCGCUAAUCCUUGGGAGUGGCAGGACGAGCAUUAUCCGUUCAACCCUCGUGGUGAUGGAUGGCUGACAUGCUCUGCUUCUUCAUCUGGAGGUGGCUGCUCUGUUGCUGCAUAUGACUGGCUUGACUACGCUAUUGGAAGCGAUACUGGCUCAUCUAUGAGACGCCCAGCUGCUGUUUCCGGUACUUAUGGACAACGUCCGAGUCAAGGCCUCAUGUCACUCGAACGUGUUUUACCUCUAGGUGGUGCUACUGACACUGCAGGUGUUUUCUCCAGAGAUCCGUACAAAUGGAUCAAGUUUUCUAAAGCAUGGUAUUCUCCGGACUUGUACCAGGAUUCUUCUAUCACGGGUCUCUCGCCAUUGGAAGUGCCUGACACCGACGCAUUUCCAAAGACGAUUCUCUACCCCGUAGAUUAUCUGCCACUCAACAACUCGGCGGCGGAGCCCAUCCUACAGGAGUUCAUCGCGAGCAUGUCCCGAAUCUUCAACAUGACUGUAAAAGAGCUCAACUUUACAGCAACUGUACAAAACUUCUCGGAUCCUAUCGCUAGCAACUUCACCACACUCAGCGCUGCAACUGGUGUGAUAAACACCUGGUCCGCCUGGGAGGUUAUAGGCAAACCUCUAAUCACCGCUUGGGGUGCUUUGUUUGAUGGCCGGUUCCCACCCAUUGAUCCAGCUCGCCGUCCUGGCUGGAAAGCGUUCAACGAGACCAGGACAAACCAGGUUGCAUACGAUGCCGCCUUAGUCACCAAGAACAGAGGCGUGGAGUGGUAUGAGAAAGAGUUACAGUACAGCACUCCAGAAUCGUGCUCGGAGUCAAUCAUGCUAUACGAUAUUGGCACGGGCGGUCUUCCGUCUUUCCGCGAGCGUGAGCUGAACGAGUCGCCAGACGCGUCGUACCUUGCCGUCCUCCCCAAGACUGCUAAGAUCACAGGCGCAAAUAUCUGUCCCAUAUUUGGCUGUGCGGAUUUCACUGUGCCCAUCGGCCAAGUGCCGUAUCAGAGUAAUAUUACUUUCCAUGAGGAGAUGGUUCCUGUAACGAUCAAUCUCGUGGUGAAACGGGGAUGCGACUUCAUGCUGUAUAACAUGAUCGAACGUUUGGCGGAUGAAGGAGUGCUUAAGACUGUCAAGACUGGCAGAACAGCUUUCUAACCCAAGGGCAAAUACUGGGUAGAUAUAAG